UUACAGUCCUACUACUCUCCUUUAUUUGUUCUGUCAAACGCCCAGUUUCCCUUCCUGGUUUCCUGCACUGAAAAAUCUUGUCAAUGGAGCUUACUUUUACACCUUUCUCCACAACUCCAUUCACAAUUUCUGCAAAAUAUUUAAACUUCCAUUACUAACUUCACAAAUUUUGAAAACCCCAAAACCCAAAAAUUCCAGGAUUUUUUUUAACAGAGUUUGUAACCCUCACAUUUCCACUUAAUCGGGAAAUUCUGGGGUUAAUCGUUCUUUUUAUCCCAAAUUCUGUCACUUUAUACUUCAAAUUUCUCAUAGUUUUGCCUUCAUUUCACUUGAAUUACACCCAUUUUUCCUCUCACCAGUUUUUUUUGUUCCGAAACCUAACAAUGGAAGUUGACAAUGCUCACAUUUCCACUUAAUCAGAAAAUUCUGGGGUAAAUCGUUCGUUUCAUCCCAAAUUCUGUUACUUUACACUUCAAAUUUCUCACAGUUUUGCCUUCGUUUCACUUGAAUUACACCCAUUUUUCCUUUCCCCUGUUUUUUUGUUUCGAAACCUAACAAUGGAAGUUGACAACGGAGGUAAUAAUAAAGUUAGGGUUACGCUUUAUCGUGAUUUCCCACCUGGGUGUGGAUGUGGAAGUUCAAAAUUACCCUUUUUUAUUCCUGGUAAGAAGUCAGUUCAUAAUUAUACGAGGGAGUUCCCACCUGGGUGUGGCCCCGACGCCCCGAAAACCACCCAAUUUGAUGGAGAUUCCUUCACUUGGAGGCGCGGUGUUGGUGCUGUGAGAAGUAAGCCGUUAACGGGUGAUCGAGAAGGUACUAGAACAUUCCAGAAUUUGGAGGGAAAUAGAAAGGGGAAACACCUUGUAUUGAGCAGUGAGGGAAGGCCAAAGGAGAGAGAAAAUGUGUUUGACUUGAAGAAAGACCAGAAACUCAAGGGGAAAGAGCCUGUAUUGGGCAAUGAAGGAAGGUCAAAGGAGAGAGAAAGUGUGAUUGACUUGAAGAAAGAUCAGAAACUUAAGGAGAUAAAAACAGUUCCAAAGAUGAAGAAUUCUGGGGAGGGGGAGAAAGUGGUUGAAAUGCUGAGGUUGUUUAGGGAAAGGUGUAAUGAAAUCUCAAGGAGUGGUAAAGGGGUUAGGAGAGUUGAUACAACAGCUUAUGGGGAGUUGAAAAAUGAAGGGAAAAUAAGGAAUAUGUCAGCAUUGAGAUUUGGGGAUGUUCCUGGUGUAGAAAUUGGGGAUAAGUUUCAUUAUAGGAUAGAAUUGAUGAUUGUUGGAUUGCAUAAGCAACCUCAAAGUGGGAUUGAUAGUAUGGAAUGGGGUAAGGGUCGAGUAGCAACUAGUAUUGUUGCAAAUGAGAGGCAUUUAGACAAGAUGAAUAAUCUAAAUUCCUUGAUUUAUAUUGGUGAAGGAGGAAAUCUUAAACGCCAUGAAGUUGGGGUUCCUCCUGACCAGGAACUUAAGUCUGGGAAUCUUGCAUUGUGGACUAGUAUGAAGGAGAAUAAGCCUGUUAGAGUGAUUAGGGGGCUUGUAUAUAAGAAGAAUGUUGGUCAGAAUUUGUAUGUGUAUGAUGGUUUGUAUGAAGUCAAGGAAUGUGAGAAGAAGAAAGGGCCACUAGGGAAUAUGAUCUUCGAGUUUCAGUUGGUUCGGUGUGAUGGACAGCCUGCAGUGAAUUGGCAAGAGUGUAGGAGGUAUCGGUUUUGAGGUUUGCAGGUAAUGAAGCUACUUAGAAGCAUUGGACCAAAUACAAGCUAUGUGCAUUAGUUAGGAUCAUAUCGGCCAUCAUCUUUUUAUACCGCUGCAGAUGGAAGGAACUAAACAUUGGUGGAGUGUGGUUGCAUGACUUGCAUCUGUUCUUGAUGAGGCAUGUCCUUUUAGUUGCUGUCAAGUAAGCUUAUAAAAUUCUUCCUGUGGUAUGGGAGGAACUUAGGGGGGGCGUUUGGGAGACUCGGCACCCCUCGAAUUCUUUUUCUUCAGUAACAUUGUGUUACUCAGCUAGUUUACUUGACCUCCUUUUUCUAGUGGUUCCUUGACUGAGAGACUAGUUGAAGUAGGAAUAUCAGAAGAUACACCUUGCGUAGUUGCAUGUAUUCUGGUUGAUCACCUUGCAUAAUGCAGCAUCUUUUCAAAAAUGGAAAAUGGGGAGCUUUAGUCUACUUGAACUGGGAGAGAUUGCAUAUUACAGAUCCUGUCUAAAGCUUUUUAGAUUUUUCCCUGAAUCUAACUUCGCACUUGUAUUCUGGGAGGCUGAUCAGAUCAUAGGAGGGACAGUGUUGACAAGAAUGGAGCAUUCUUUGGUGCAUUUCAUCGACCGAAUUCAUAGGCAGCUGGAUGAAGAAACUGAUUCUGCAAAACUGCACUCGUACAAACAGACCAAGGACGCGAGCAUUACAGAAUUUACAGGCUUUGCCGGAUUCUGCGAUAUCCAAAACUCUCCGUUUGAAUUCCUGUUAAUAUUGUCCGGUCGUCCAGCAAGUUGGAGAAACAGUUCAACGGUUCCGGCUUUAGGACCGGUAAGCCAGUACUUCUGAAUUCGAUAGA